AUGGAUCCUUUCGAAAAUCUAAAAACCAUUUCGGCGAGGUGUUUUUACAAAAAGAAGACAGACUUUAUACCUGUAUUGCCGGCUAAUCUAGAAAUAUCCGAUAUUUCAGAUAAAAGUGAUUCCGAUAAUGAAAAUUUGGAAGAUGAUGUGUUACGCCUCGGAAGUAAUGAUGCAGAUGAUGUAAAUCCGUUGCCUUGCUCAAGUAGGUCUACAGUUGAAGUUAUUCAGAAUAACAGUAGCUCCUCGGAUGAGUCAGAUGACGAAGAAAUAAAACCAAUAGCUUCUAAAAGAAGGAAGAAGAGCAAUCGAAGGAUCCAAAAGGCUGAUGUCGUAUAUAAUUGGGUAGAGGAAGAUUUACCUAAUUUUGAAAAACCUACGUCAGAUGUAAACUUUGGAGAUGAUAAUUAUCAUUAUCCAUUACAGUACUUUUUAGAGUUUUUCUCAUAUGAAUGCAUUGAAGGAAUCAAAUUUGUAUUGUACUCAAAUGACUGGGAAAAGUCUAGAUACAGAUAACAAAGAAGUUACUAAUUUUAUUGCUAUCCUUAUCUAUGGGCGUCAUUUCUCUUCCUAGUUACAAAGAUUAUUGGUCGGCUACUCUAAGAAUUGAAUCUAUAGCGAAUGUUAUGUCACUAAGGAGAUUCAAACAAUUACGCAGAUAUAUACACUUCAAUGAUAAUUCUUUAGUUGGCAGUUCUCAAGAUAGGUUUUAUAAAAUUAGACCGCUCUUGGACAUAGUCAACAGAAACUGCUCUAAGUUUGAGAUAGAAAAUCGUUUCUCCAUUGAUGAGACAAUGGUACCGUACAAAGGUACACGGGCAGGUAACCUUCGUCAAUAUAUGAAAAACAAACCACACAAAUGGGGUUACAAAUUCUUCAUGAGAGCUGGAGUAUCGGGAUUGAUUUACUCUUUUAUUCCAUAUCAAGGGAAAAAUACUUUUUCUUUAUUAGAUGGCACUGCCAUGCAGUUAGCAGAAAAUGAACUGGCUAUGGGAGUUGGUAGUAGCGUAGUUAUUGCUCUCACUAAAACCAUCCAAAACCCAGCUCACAGCAUUGUGUAAUUUGACAAUUAUUUUUCGAGUGUGAACUUAUUUUUAUAUCUAAAGCACAGAUUCAACAUUUAUAGCUUAGGAACUCUUCGGAACAAUAGACUAAAUGGCUGCCAGCUGAUAUCUGAUAAGGAAUUGCUAAAAAAAGGCAGAGGAAAGUAUGACUACAAGUCCACAAACAGGGAAUGCAUAAUUGUCAAAUGGGCUGACAAUAAAUGUGUUUUGAUUGGAAGUACAAUUCAUGGUGUAUCCCCUGAAAAUACGCUUCGUCGAUAUUGCAAAGAAAAAAAAGGUAAAACGAAUAUACCUUGUCCAUCCAUUAUUAUGGAGUACAACAGGCAUAUGGGAGGUGUUGAUAAGUCAAAUUCGCUGGUCGGGCUUUACAGAACUCCUGGUCGUGCUAAGCGGUGGUACUUCCCGAUUUUCGCCUAUAUCAUCGACAUGUGUAUAGUCAACGCAUGGUUACUAUACAAAGAGAACAAUAAAAAUGAAAAGAAGUGUAUGCCCCUAAAAGAAUUUAGAUGUGAUAUUGCAAAGGGCUUGUCCACCACUGGGAAACCGAAACCUGGAAGGCCGGUAUCAUCACCUAAGUCCAAUUCAAUAAUAAUACACCCAGUCGUUCCAAGACCUUCAGAUGUUACCAGAAAGGAUACUGUUGGUCAUUGGCCAGUUCAUACGACAAAGGGAAGAUGCCGAAUGUGCACUACGGGAUUUUCUCGAAUAAUGUGCCGAAAAUGUAUGUGUCGGCUAUGCCUAAAUGAUAAAAAUAAUUGUUUUGUUCAUUUUCAUCUGUGAGAUAGAUUCCUUUAUGUUAUAAUUUUCACAUUUGUCUCACCUUGUAUAUUUUUUAUACGGAAUAUAUUGUUUUUCGUUUUUGAUGGAAAUACUUUGAUUUUUUUUGUAAUAAAAUAUUAUUGCAAUUUUUAAUGUGUUUUGUUACAAUUAUA